AUGGACUGGAGGGCUGAGAGGGCAGCACUCGACGAGUAUAUUGAGCAGUUAGGCAUGCAGCCUUCCUACGUUCCUCGACCCGGAGAAGUCGUACUCUGGGCUCCGGAGUAUCAGGGGGAACUAGCCUGGAACCACGAAACCAAGCGCGUCGAAAUGUACGCGCCCAAUCAAAACGAAUGGUUGGGAACCCCCGCAUGGCGGGCUGGUAUUGUAGGCCAGACUCCAGAAGAAGACACAGUCCUUCAGGACUUAGUCAUUACAGCGCCCAAAAAAUGGGGUGUCAACUACUCCGGCUUUCGCGUGGAAACUUUUCCUGAUCCUCAAAGCUACGAUAAAAGUUACUCAUUGCACUACAAAUAUGUCCAUUUGUUGUGUAUCAAGCCCUUCAAUGCAUACGAGCUCUUUCUGCAAGGAAUUCCGCCCGAAGAGUUACACCCCUCCAUCGGGUAUGCGAUGACGAUAAUGUCGUCGUUCAGUCUCCUGGACAAAUAUCACUUCAAAGGAACUUGGCCAAACGCAGCCAUUUAUUGCCGGGGUAUUUUCAUCGGAGCGGAGCUCUUGGUUGUUGGAGAUGCUGUCCGCUUGAAACCAGCCCUCCCGUCUUACUCAGAGGAAGUCCAUAACGCCGUUGAGGAUGUUAUGGUCAUUGAUGAAAUACGCCUGGAACUUGUCAACUGCGUGAACGAUCUCAUGUCGGAUCAACUGGCAGAGCGAUAUCAGGUUCGAGUGGCAGGAAAGGUCUAUACGAACGCUCCCCAAAGAGCUAGUGCUGGGACCCACGGGACGAGCCAACCCUUGCCUAUGAAGCACGAGGAAGUCAUUGACGUGUUUCAAUCGAUUGGCAUGGGUGGUUAUGGGUCUUGGUACAGGGUGUGGGAAGGUGCCACGGUGGAAGUCUCACAGAAUAUGAUAAUUGGUCGUUGCUACGAGCCCGAUGCUAUGAACCUCUUGUUCGGGUCUUGCUCUUUGGGUCAGGAUCUGUCGGGGGUGACCAAGGCGAGGGAGUAUUCACGGAAAGUCGAUGAACGUAUUCCCGAAGGCAAAGACUGGUUUUGGGGCGACUUUCGAACUCAGACCCUCGCGAUCGAUACUCUCAAUGGCCAGGAUGUGGGCCACUACAGUGACGCACGCGAUAUCAAGAUGUGGAGAGCGAAUCUCCACAUUCUUGAUGGCACAGCGGAUUCAGCCGAUCUUCGCUUGGCUAAGCUUCCCGGCAAUGUUGGUCGGCCCUCCACGAAGGCUCGGUCCAACUUCUCAGAGAUUGGCAAGCUUAGCAGGCUGGUCAGUACAGGUCUUGGGGCCGCGGACGUGAGCAACCCAGUAAGCUCCGAAGAAGGGCCCAACCUGCCAGACGAGGAAGAUACCUCUGAAUCAGAUGAAGUUUUCACGUUAGCCAUGAAUCAACUCCCAGGGGGGACGGACGAAUCAGAGGAAGGGCAAACGGCCGAAGCACGAUAUUUGAUCACGGAUACUCUGAAGCUCCUUCUUGUCGAUACUCUUGACCCGAGGUUCACUUAUGGCGAGGAAACACUUACGUUCUGGUCUUUGACAUACUUUGCUGAUUGCUAUUAUAUUCUUUCUCCCAAUAGUAUCCGAUCAUUUGGAGAGGGGCAACAACAAGUCAACUGUAACUCUCUUGUAUACUCCUCAAUCGAUCAUCCUCUCACAAGCCACAAGAAUACUAUCGCAACAAUGGGUCUAGACGGCGUACCUCAAGCCCAAGCCGUAACAGUGAGUCUCAAAGACCUCAUCAACGGAACCGUCUCCUUCGAGACCCUCACCGAAGCUUUCGGCCCCUCCUCUCUAGGCAUAAUCGUGGUAAAAGACCUAGACCCCGAAUUCCAACGUCUACGCACCCAAGUCCUCUCCAACGCAUCCUAUCUCGCAGCCCUCCCCAACGACGAACUAGAAUCCCUAACCAGUCCCUCCGCAAAAUACCUCGUAGGCUGGUCCUGCGGCAAAGAAACCCUGCGAUCCGGCCACUUCGACACCCUCAAGGGCUCCUACUACGUCAACUGCGCAUUCUACCAAGACCCCACCCUCCAAGGCGCCCCCGCCGACAACUUCCCCGAUCUAUCCGAGUACACAGCCCCGAAUAUCUGGCCGCCGGCGGACCGAUUGCCUACGUUCCGGCCCGCGCUGGAAGAGCUCUGUAGGCUUGUUAUUGAUACUGCGGCAUUGGUGGCGAGGGCGUGUGAUCGGUAUGCGACGGAGAAUAUUGAGGGGUAUAAGAGUGGGUACUUGGAGCAUGUUGUUAGGACGAGUUUGACGACGAAGGCGAGGUUGUUGCAUUAUUUUCCUGCCGAGGCUGGGGUGGGAGAGAGAGAUGGGGAGGGAGAGGGAGAGGGGGAUGAUGAUUGGUGUGCGACGCAUUUGGAUCAUGGGUGUUUGACGGGUUUGACUUCUGCUAUGUUUGUCGAUGAGGUUGCUAGUCCUCCUGGGCAGGGAGGCGAGCUUGUUGAGUUGGGGGCUUCGCCGGAUCCGAAGGCUGGGCUUUAUAUUCAGUCGAGGACUGGGAAGGUGGUUAAGGUUAAUAUUCCUCGGGAUUGUUUGGCUUUUCAGACCGGGGAGGCGUUGCAGCUUAUUACGAGAGGGAAGUUUAGGGCUGUGCCGCAUUUUGUGAAGGGCGCGAAGCCUUCUGCGGGCAAGAGGAUUGCGAGGAAUACGUUGGCCGUGUUUACACAGCCGAAUUUGGAGGAGGAGGUGGAGAGUGGGAAGAGUUUUGCGGAGUUUGCGAGGGAGGUGGUGGCGAGGACUUAUUAG